AUGUAUGCUAAAAUUGAGUCUGAAAGAUUGAUUUUUAUCCAAACUCAUCAAACUCAGCUUAGAGCUGAGAAUUAUAUUCAUCUCCAAGAUGCGAUUAGGAGGGAUGGGAAUUUAGAAUCUCUGGGACAAGUGGUGAUUUUACCAUCAAGUUUCACUGGUGGACCCAGGUACAUGCAUUCUCGGACGCAAGAUGCAUUUUGUUAUGUUCGUAAGUUUGGACGUCCCGAUUUAUUUAUUACAAUUACAACCAAUCCAAGGUGGUCUGAAAUUUCUAAUCUUUUGUUCGAAGGUCAAAGUCCUCAUGAUCGACAUGAUGUUGUUUCUAGGGUAUUUCAUUUAAAGUUGAAAAAUUUAAUGACCCUUUUGAGGAAAGGUGAAAUUUUUGGAAAAGUUUCUUGCUUCAUUUACUCCAUAGAAUGGCAAAAACGUGGUCUUCCACAUGCACAUAUUUUGCUUUGGUUAGAAGAAUCAAUUCGUCCUGAUCAAGUUGAUGAUGUAAUAAGAGCUGAAUUGCCUAAUGUUGAAGAGGACAAAGAACUCUUUGAUAUAAUAAAGACUCACAUGAUACAUGGACCAUGUGGACAUUUUAAUAGACAGUCCAGGUGUAUGAAAGAUGGACAUUGUACAAAAAAAUAUCCCAAACAAUUUAUUAAAGAAACAGUAACAGAUCACGACAGUUAUCCUAUUUAG